AUGCGACUCUUUUUCAUCUUGCUGAUAGCAUGUGCAAUUCUAAAAAUCGACAGCGGCCAUGCUCUGUAUCCGUCUAACGAUCGAUACGAGGUGAAUGAAUCAAGCAGACUCAUCCAAUACUCCACCGACCAAAAGAGACAUCUACGCACGUACGACGCUGGAGAAGAGAGAGGUUUCUUCAAUGGUUUGUCCAAAUUUUGCUUUGGGUCUCCUUCCUAG